AUGCCCAACUGCCCACGCUGCGAGAAGCCCGUCUACUUUGGUGAGCUUAUUUUUAAAUAGAAAAAUCGUCUGAAUUAAAAUAGAUAUCAAACGGAUGAAGAAAGAGCGCCUAGUAGCUUUGCAAAAGUUUGUGGUGGUCCCUUAAGGGUUCAAAUUAUUCAAGAAGGGGUUUUUCGAACUGUUUCCUUAUUUUCGAUUUGAAACUGCCUUCAAGGACUUAUUUAUGAAAUUUUUGAGAUUUAACUGUUUGGGAUCACUGUGUCCCAAGCGAUUAUAGUGAAAAGUUUAAUACUUUGAAGGAAACUUACUAAAAAAACCUCAUACGGCGUUUGAAAAAAAUUCAUCUGUGAACAGUUAGUCAUUUCAUUUCUUCAAAAAUAAAAUUUUCAGAUUUUUUUUUGUUAUUAUUAGGUUUUCAGAAUCUUUAGCGAAUAAAUAGAAAGUUCUAAAUACUUAACUUCACAGCAGGACGAUGUCCCUUGAGAGAAUUUAAUUUCUCAAAUAAUUAUUCAAUUUUUGUCAACAAAAUUGAUUUACAGCCGAACGAGUGACGUCAAUCGGCCACGAUUGGCACCGCCCGUGUCUCCGAUGCGAGAACGACGCCUGCAAGAAGACGUUGGCCGCCGGAAGUCAUUCUGAAGUCAGAUUUUCGGCUUGUGUAUACCCGUUGGAUUAGUCGUCUGCGAACUUUCGCGCCUUUUCCAUGGUGUAAACAUAUGUAUAGUCAAUGCUUUUCGAAUUAAAAGGCGGAGAUUGGCAAGAUUGACGCGUUGCGUGUGCGACGCGGCUUUUGGCGGGUAGUUCGUGGUCAAAUUUAAUUUUAAAAAAUCGUAGAGAAACAUUUUUUUUUGCAUUAGUUUUAUAGUUUUACCGUUCAAGUAAAUGUUUUCAAAACCCCAAAAAAUCUAUAGCUGGUUCACGGUUGGCUUGAGCUAUCGAAAAAAGGGUCCUGGCACGAUAAGAAAAGAGACAGUUCCUGGUUGGUGGAGAGCGCAGACAGGCCACGCCUCCUUAGCAUCCAAUUAUGGUCCUGAACAUACAUGGGAUAAUCAUGACUGGCGACAGCCAUGUACCCCACCCCUUACCCCCCAUUCAAAACCAAGCCCCCGCAAAAUUGAAAAGCGUUUUUUUACUCCGAUCACUUUUUAACUAAGAAAAAAAGUUUUAUAAGAUCUGACUAGCGCCGUCCAGCGCCAAAAAAAUUUUUUUACGGUUUUUUUGCCAACCCUCCCCCUUUCUCGUUUUUUUGCCAAGUCCCUCCCUUCAUCAGGUUCCACCGAGACUAUCCCAUGUAUGGCCGUGAACCAGCCAUAAUAUCAUUUUUUUAACAUUAUUGAAAAAAAGAAAAAUUUUAUGAGUUGAUCAUUUUAGCGCGAGGGAAAGCCGUACUGCAACCGGUGCUAUGGAGCCAUGUUUGGCCCCCGCGGCUACGGUCACGGAGGCGUCGAAUCGCACACUUUCCACCACGGCGAGACUGGAAAGGUAACUUUAUCCCAAUUUGAAACUUGAAGAAAAGUUCGAAGCUCUUUUUCUGAUUUGUUGUCUCAUGAGUUUGCUUCCUAGAACUUUUUUUGAAAUCAAAAUUAUGUUUCCAUUUUCUUGAGAGAUAUUAAGAUUAACUUUUUAAAGGAAAAUGAUAAAAUUCUAGUAAGCCCUUACAUAAAAACAAAAAUAGUUGCCUCCUAGAGAGCUUGAUUCAUUUUUUGUUGUUUUUUUAAUCGACUUUGAUAUUUAAACUCAAAUUAAAAAUAGUUUAAAAAAAGGCUUACUCGAUACCCAGAGCUAUCUUGACACUAAGAAUAACUGCCGAGAUAAACGCGAGACACUGGCGGUACAUUGACGAGCUCGCAAACAUCUCGCGUUUUUUCUCGCGCCGGUCUCGCACUUCUCUCGGCGCGACCUCGCAUUUUUCUCGCAAUUCGAAAAUUUCCGAAAUGCAAGAUAAAUGCGAGAUGGCGCCGAGAAAAAUGCGAGGUCGCGCCGAGAGAAAUGCGGGAUCGCGCCUAGAAAAAAGCGAGAUGUUUGCGAGUUCGUCAAUGUACCGCCACCGACCUCGCGUUUAUCUCGUCAGUUAUUCUUAGUGGAGCGGUGGAAAACUAGAAUUUUCGUUGCAAGAUUGCCAAAUUUGCACCCUGAGGAUAUAAUAACAGAGAACUUGCAUUAAAGAACCAAAUUUCGCAGCUUUUUGCUGAUUCACGGAAAAUUACGAAACUCAGAAAAUGACAUAAAAUAUCUGCCCAAAGGAUAGUGAGAUACCGGCUCAACCAUUAGGCGGUGUAAAUUUUGAAAAUUCAUCCAUUUCAAUAUUUUCGCCCGAAAUUAUGAAUUCUCUACAGCACGGUCAUAGAAAGUUACAAAAGCAAAAAAAAGCAGAGUGUCUAUGAGAUGAAAGAGGGCACAGACAGUUCAGACAACCUUGCAAAAAUAAACGUUAAUUUUUAAAUUUUUCGAACUUUUACCAAAUUUCUUCAAACAUUAUCAGUUUUUAAACUUUCAAGUCUAUGCUGAUCCACCUUCGUUUCAAGAUCACAUACAAUCAAAGAAAAACCCUUUCUGUUAAUCGCAUGGAUUUGUUUUCUCGCACCUUUGAGAUUGUAAAUGUUGCAGGUUUAA